UUGCCGAAGUUCGAGAGAGAGUUCUUCGGUGGUGCUCGGUGAUUCCGAAGGAAGAGCGUCCCCGUCGAAAGAUCAUCGUCGCCGCCGCCGCAGGUUCCCGUCGCUCCCUCCAGGACGACACCUGAGAAACGGCUGUCGUACUCGACCAUUGAUCGAGAUCGAGCGGUCUCGUGAGGUCACGCAGGAGUCAGCCGACGUCGUCGAACCCGAGGAACGCAUCCGUCGUCCUCCUCGUUGGCGGUGGUCGACCGGUCGUCGUUCGUUUGAGAGAGCGAUUCUCCUCCAAGCGUCCUCCGCCGCGGGCGUCUUCUUCUUCGGCGCAGAACCGAGCCGGACAGCUUGCUCAGGAUUGCGCGGCGGCUAAUAUGGGCGUCAACGUUGUCCCGUUGGUCGUGAUAGCGAUGGUGCCGAUCAUCACCGGCAGUUUCGAACAGCGCGCCAUCGGCAAGAGGAGCAGCGCGGCCAACGGCAUCGCCAACGUCGAUUACCCCGAUUACCCAGCCAAAUACGACGAUUAUCCGGUAGUAAUGCCGAAGCGUGCAGCUUUACUGUUCGACCAGCUGAUGGUAGCCUUACAGAAGGUCGUCGAUAAUCAGGGAAAAAGUACAGUUGGCGGGGCACCCUUUGCCGCCGACCUGGAGACCGCCCCCGUGAUGGAGAAAGAUCAAACGGUAGCGAAUUCGAUGGAUCUGCAGCGGCGCGGCCAGGGUAAAAGUCAGGUUUACUGGCGCUGCUACUUCAACGCGGUGACAUGCUUCAGGAGAAAGUGAUAAUGACCCAGUCAUUGUCAGUCCUCCUCGAAUCCGCAGACCAAAAAGGAGUGCCGCCGCCAUUUCGCAUCAUUUCCUCGACUUAGCUGCAGCAACGCGACGAGAUCGUAAAACAGUGCUUUCCCGCUGCUGAGAGAGUGUCAAGAGAACAAAUGGAAAAAAAAAGAAAAAAUCAUGAACGUACAAUAACACAUACACGUCACAUACACAUACGUACACGGCACACACAUACACACACACACACACACAAACUCGCUCGAGCGGUUACUUUCGCACAUUUUGGAACAUCGAAUCAACGAUUCUCCUCCCUCAGCCAUGUACCUUUACUCGUCUGUCUUCUUGCGACUUCUAUCGCCGUUCUCUUUUUGCAAAUUACGCGCAAAUCGAGAAAGAAUUACCUCUCUCUCUCUCUCUCUCUCUCUCUCUCUCUCUCUCUCUCUCUGGCUUAAAGUAAAUAC